UGAGCCGUGUUGCUGGGAUGAGUGACCUUUGACUUCCACGGUGUGUGAGAGCUCCGGCAGCCCCCAGGAAUUGUGCGGAAUAAUGAGAGAAAAGGAGCAGCGGCAGCACCAGCACUACCGAAAUCGCACAGAGCAGCUCCAGCCUUAGAAAGCAACACAGCCACGCUUCAGGACCCAUUUCACACGCUCAACAUUCACAUUUCCCCACUUCUCUGCCUCCCCCUCCUCUUCUUGUUUUCCACCCCCCACCAUCUCUGACACAUUCAGCUUUCCCCAGCACCACCCACCUACAUAUCGGAUUAAGAGCUGCACCUACAUUAUUAUUUUGAUAUUUAAAUCGUUCAAAAUCAAGCCAACUAUUUUUUUUAAUAAAGCUUGCAAACAUGAUGGCGGCAGCUCCCAUCCAGCAGAACGGAAACCACACCGGGGUGCCCAUAGACUUGGACCCGCAGGAUUCCAGAAAGAGACCGCUGGAAGCACCGCCUGAAGCAGGCAGCACCAAGAGAACAAACACUGGUGAAGACGGUCAGUUUUUCUUAAAAGUCCUAAUACCUAGUUAUGCUGCUGGAUCUAUAAUUGGGAAAGGAGGACAGACUAUUGUUCAGUUACAGAAAGAGACCGGGGCCACCAUCAAACUAUCUAAAUCCAAAGAUUUUUACCCAGGUACUUACGUCAGUUUUAUGGGCUCUGCAGGUACCACGGAACGGGUAUGUCUGAUCCAGGGAACAGUUGAAGCAUUAAAUGCAGUCCACGGCUUCAUUGCCGACAAGAUUCGGGAAAUGCCUCAGAAUGUAGCAAAGACAGAGCCUGUCAGCAUCCUGCAGCCCCAGACCACCGUUAACCCAGAUCGCAUCAAACAGACAUUGCCAUCUUCCCCAACUACCACCAAGUCCUCUCCAUCCGAUCCCAUGACCACCUCCAGAGCCAAUCAGGUGAAGAUAAUAGUCCCCAACAGCACAGCAGGUUUGAUUAUUGGAAAGGGUGGUGCAACAGUGAAAGCAAUAAUGGAGCAAUCAGGGGCUUGGGUCCAGCUCUCUCAGAAACCUGAUGGGAUAAACCUGCAGGAGAGAGUAGUUACAGUGAGUGGUGAACCAGAGCAGAACCGCAAAGCUGUGGAACUCAUCAUCCAAAAGAUACAAGAAGAUCCCCAAAGUGGCAGCUGUCUCAAUAUCAGUUAUGCCAAUGUCACUGGUCCAGUGGCCAACUCCAACCCAACAGGCUCUCCUUACGCAAAUACUGCCGAAGUGUUACCCACUGCUGCAGCUGCUGCGGGGCUGCUAGGACAUGCUAACCUUGCUGGAGUUGCAGCAUUCCCAGCAGUUUUAUCCGGCUUCACCGGGAACGAUCUGGUGGCCAUCACCUCUGCACUCAACACUUUAGCCAGCUAUGGAUAUAAUCUCAACACAUUAGGGUUGGGCCUAAGCCAAGCUGCAGCCACGGGGGCGCUGGCUGCAGCUGCUGCAAGUGCAAACCCAGCAGCAGCAGCGGCAGCAAACUUGAUCGCCACCUAUGCAAGUGAAGCCUCCGGCGGCGGCGGCACUGCUGGCGGUGCGGCAGGCCCAUUCGCAUUAGGUAGCUUGGCAGCUGCCACUGCUGCAACAAAUGGAUAUUUUGGUGCCGCUUCUCCACUUGCAGCUAGUGCCAUCCUGGGAACAGAGAAAACUACAGACGGAUCGAAAGAUGUAGUUGAAAUAGCAGUGCCAGAAAACCUAGUCGGUGCAAUACUCGGCAAAGGAGGAAAAACGUUGGUGGAAUACCAGGAAUUGACUGGUGCAAGGAUACAGAUCUCAAAAAAGGGAGAAUUUGUACCUGGCACGAGGAACCGGAAGGUGACGAUCACAGGAACACCAGCUGCUACACAGGCUGCGCAGUAUUUAAUAACACAGCGGAUCACAUACGAGCAAGGGGUUCGGGCUGCUAACCCUCAAAAAAUCAAAAUGGCUUCGGGAAGCAAGAUCUUUGAGAGGCAGGUAUGGCGUCAGCUUUCUCCAAGCUAUUUUUAUAUGUAGCGAGAAUGAACACUGUGAAUGAAUACUGGGGGGAAAAAAAACAGGACAAUUCAUCGAAAGUAUAAUGUAUAAAAAAGACAGAACCUAUGAAACAUCUUCAGCAAAUCAAAGGAGAGACACAGCAAUUUAAUAGCUGCAUGCAUGGUUCUGCGCAAAGACUGCAAGACUAAAUAUAAUGGAGAAAUAAGGAUGGGAUUGCGCAUGGAAGGUUGUAUGACUUUGCUGUUACUGUAGGUUUAAAAAGAAAAAACAACAACAUGCUACAUCACCAACUGAUGAGAAGGAAGACCAAUUGUUAAGGAAGGAAAGAAAAGAAAAACCAAAGAGCCUUACAAGUAGUCAAAUGGGAUUUCCCUGGUGAAAAGAGCACUUUUCAAGGAGAGCACUUCUAAGGAGCAAUGUCUUUUGGGAAAUAAUUAUUUUAAAUGUACAAGUAUUGCAUUUGAAACAUUAUAGGAGUAGUCAGGAUAAACAGCUAUGAAAAAAUCAUUGAAAACAUUCAUAGCACCCUUAACGUGUUACAGAGUACGCUGCAGUGUUUACAAGAAACCAUUGCUGCUUUAUCCUGUGUUUUAACGUUUUUCAACAUAAACCUGAUUUUAUUCACACAUCAUGGGUUAUAAAUCAGCUGGAAAUCCAUUUAUCUGUUUCUCUUUUAGUAUCAUAGUGCCUAAGAGAAACUAUUUUUCCUAUUGAACGCUCUUGGGUGAAAGUUGAUUUUUGCUUCAUGACGUUCAAAUAAAGCUAUCAAAACAACUGGGAUUAUGAUGAAAAAUAAAUUGUUGUGAUAUGGACAACACCGGACACAGUAAUGCAUUUCUUGUAAACACUGCAGGGUGUUCUAUAAAACGUUAAUUAAAUUGAGCUUGAAUACAGCUGGUGUGUGAUUUAUUUGGAAUUGAAAUCAUAACAAAUGUUGUCAUCCAAAGGAAAAGUAUUAAGCACUAUCCAGCCCAAAAUAAACAUAUUAAGAUCAAUGAAUCCAA